CUGUAUCUCUAUUUAAAAAAGAAAGAAAGAAAAGAAAAGAAAAAUAAUGUUCAACCCUUAAGUUCAUCUUGAGUUUCCCAACCACUCUUUGAGAACUCCUCCAUGUCCCAUCUUUGUCCUAUUCCAUGACCUUCAGGGACUGGACCUGCUGACUUCUACAAAAGUUUCCUAUUUGGAAAGGAUUUGAAACCUUGGAGAAAAUUUAAAAGUCAGUUAUCUCUUCCUACAAUAUUUCCAUUUUAAACUUUAUCCUCAUUUGUGACAUGAAAGAUUGUUUCCUGCUAAAGGAAUUUCAGGCAGUAGCCAGUAGGCGUGGAAAGAGUUUUACACUAGGACAUCCCUUAGGGUCUCCCUGUGGUUAACGCACACAGUGGGCUACACUUCCCAAGGAUAACUGUCAACAACAACUACACAUUUACUGAGCACUUGUUCUGCCAGGCAUUUGUGGCCAGUGCUUUAUACGUGCAUUAUUUCCUUGAACCCUCAGACUCACCUGUGAAGAAGAUUCCGCCUUUAUAGAUUAAGAAGGUGAGGCCCAGAGAUGGUAUGCAACUUUCCUAGGGACACAGAGCUAGCAAAUGGGCACAGCUAAGACUUGAACCACACUUUCCAACUCCAAACCUUGAGUUUGCAGGAUUAGUGCCUUGGGGAUGAAAGGGAGGGAUCUUAUUGCUUUGGUUCUUUGGUUUGUUAUUUGUCCAGCCAAACCUGAAAGGCUGUCAGGGAAGAAAGAGCUCCAGGCUACAUCAUGGGUGAAGAUUGGCUUGAAACAGGCACUUCCCAAGUGUGUUCUUGGAAACCAAAUGCAAAACGGGGCCAUUACCCUGGUGUUUACUUAGCUCUGGUCGUAAGUUCUCCUUCUAGACUUUUCAUUAUGCCAUCUAAAUCACACUCAGCAUGUCACCCUGAGAUCCUCAUUCAUCUCUUCCCUACCACCUUCCUCACUCACCGCAUUUAUAGACUGAACCAGGAUGCCAGCCUCUGUGUGAGCACUUACCUCCUUCAACCCUCACGAUAAUCCUGCGAGGAGGCACAGUUAUUAUACCCAUUUUAAAGAUAAGGAAGCAGAGUCUCAGAGAAGUUCAGUCACAGUGUCACAGGAGGUAAGGAGCGAGCUUGGAUAGGAACCCCGGUCCUGUGAUUCCAGAGCAGGAGCAAUGCGGCCUCCAUCCCAGCCCUGGCCCCUGGUCGCGCCCUCCCUCACACCAAGCUCAUCAGCCCUCUUCUGGUGUCUCCCUCUGUCCUCCUAGUGGGAUGGAGAUGGCGAGUUCCUGUGGCUCCCGGCUCUCUAGCUGCCUCAUCACUCUCGUCUUCCUCCGGCUGCCGGGGCUCCUGUCAGGUAGGAGCGAUGCCGGCACGUUCCACCUGGCCCCGCUGGGGGGCACAGCCGAGCUGCUCUGCCCCGUCUCGCUCUGGCCGGUGACCGAGCCCAAGGAGGUGAGGUGGCUGCGGUCCCCACACCCGCAGCGCUCCCAGGUCGUUCACGUGUUCCGGGAUAAGAAGGCCUGGGAGGAAGAGCAGAUGCCGGAAUAUAAGGGGAGGACGGCGCUGGUGAGAGACCCCCAAGAGGGAAGUGUCACUCUGCAGAUCCGCGACGUGCGCCUUGAGGACCGAGGGCCCUACCGAUGUCUGAUCCAGAUCGGAAACCUGAGCAGGGAGGACACCGUGACCCUGCAGGUUGCAGCUCCAUCUCCAGGGAGGAUCUCCUCCUUAGCAGUGGCUCUCGCUGUGAUCCUUUCUGUCCUGGGGCUCCUCAUCAUGGUGUGCCUUUGGCUUAUCUGGAAGCAAAGAAGAUCAAAAGAGAAGCUUCUCUAUGAACAGGUGAUGGAGGUAGAAAAUCUUCUCUCGGACCACGCAAGAGAAAAAGGAAGACUCCAUAAAGCCCUCAAGAAACUCCGGAGUGAACUAAGGUUGAAAAGAGCUGCAGCAAACUCAGGCUGGAGAAGAGCCCGGUUGCAUUUUGUGGUUGUGACCCUGGACCCGGACACAGCGCACCCCAAACUCAUCCUGUCUGAGGACCGGAAAUGUGUGAGGCUUGGAGACAGAAGGCAGCCUGUGCCUGACAACCCCGAGAGAUUUGAUUUCGUCGUCAGCGUCCUGGGCACAGAGUACUUUACGGCUGGCUGUCACUACUGGGAGGUGUACGUGGGAGACAAGACCAAGUGGAUCCUUGGGGUGUGCAGUGAGUCAGUGAGCAGGAAGGGGAAGGUCACCGCCUCGCCCGCCAAUGGACACUGGCUUGUGCGACAGAGUGAUGGGAAUAAGCAUGAAGCUCUCACAUCCCCACAGAUCUCCUUUCGCCUUAAAGAGCCUCCUCAGUGUGUUGGGGUUUUCCUGGACUAUGAAGCAGGAGUCAUCUCUUUCUACAAUGUGACUGACAAGUCCCACAUCUUUACUUUCACUGACAGUUUCUCUGGCCCCCUUCGCCCUUUCUUUGAACCUUGUCUACAUGAUGGAGGGAAAAACACAGCACCUCUAGUCAUUUGUUCAGAACUACAGAAAUCCAAGGAAUCAGUUGUCCCCAAGCCAGAAGGAAAACGCCACGCUAAUGGAGAUGUGUCCCUGAAGGUGAACCCUUCCUUACUACCUGCUCCGGACAUGGAGCUUUUCUCACUCAGGGACAUGACCCUGUCCUUGCCCUCUGAUCUUGGCCCAGCCCUUCAGGGGCUCAAGGUUCCUUCUUUUUAGGGAUGCGCUCUGUUACCUGCUCCCAUGACCAUCCAGCCCACUGCUCUGGAUUUCAGUGUCCUGGCCCAACCCAAAUCCUGACCCUUUUGUGGUUUCUCUUUGUACCACUUUUCUCCCAGGGCUCAGUUCUGAACCCUGCCUUUCUUCCAGGGACUUGAAGUUCCCAUCAAUUUGGAGGGAGAAUUCCUAAAAACCAUGCAAGCAGUAUAGGUUCAGGUGGACAUGCUCAAUGUGUGUCCCUGAGAUACAGCAUAGCUUCAGGGGAAAGGCUUCUCUACUCCAGGGGAUAUUUAGAAGAACUUUUCUCUGCCUUAUCCUGCCCUCAGGCUUCCCAUCCUGGAGUUAUGGCCCCUAGUCCCUGACUUCUUACUUUUAAGCUCUUAAAGAUUGCUUUUGUCUCUUCUUUUUCUCAGUUCAGGCCUCUGGCCCCCAAAGUCAGCUUUCUAAAAGUAAAUACUUUUGGAUCACAUGCUCUUCAUUCUUUCUUCAGGAAUGGGGGUGGAGAGGCAGAGAGGCAGAGGCAGACAGGCAGAGAAGUAAAAUA